AUGGUCUCCAAACUCAUUACCAUCAUCGCCGGCGUCGGCGCUGGCACAGGUGCUUCGGUGGCCCGCAAAUUCGCCCUACAAUACCCUGUUGUACUCCUCGCGCGCAAGCCCGAAAACUACGAGGCUAUAGCCUCUGACAUCAACUCGAAUGGCGGCAAAGCAAUCGGCAUUAGUACCGACGUGUCGGAUGCCGCCAGCCUCAGCAACGCCGUGUCGGUCAUCAAAAAGGAAUUCGGCGACGACGUCAGCGCCGCCGCGGCCAUUUUCAAUGCCUCUGGCGCAUUUAUGCGCAAGCCAUUCCUCGAGACACCCGCAGAAGUCUUUCAGAAUAGUUUGGCCGUCAGUGCCAUGGGCGGUAUACUGUUUAGCCAGUCAUUCCUGCCCUUGCUAUUGAACGGUGUGCAGCAAAAGCCGCAGUACAGUCCUUCUCUCAUUUUCACGGGUGCCACGGCGAGCGUGAAGAGUAAUGCGCAGAUGGCGAGUUUUGCAACAGGAAAAUGGGCCUUGAGGGCGCUGAGUCAGAGUCUGGCGAGGGAGUUUGGGCCGCAGGGCGUGCAUGUUGCGCAUGUGAUUGUGGAUGGGGUGAUUGAUAUUCCGAGGACGAAGGAGUGGUUGAAGGAUAUGCCCAAGGAGGCCAAGUUGAGCGCUGAUGCGAUUGCGAAUGAUUAUUGGUGGUUGCAUACCCAGCCUAACACGAAUUUCACAUGGGAGAUUGACCUCCGCCCGGCAAUUGAGAAAUGGUAA